CAAAACAUAUUUUCAUUCCUGGCGUAUUCAGAUUUUGGUGUUUUCUUGAUAUGUGAAACGGAAAAAAUCGAAAAUCCAACAUAUUUCAGGUGCGAACCGCGUUGUCCCUGUAUUUCUCUGGUGGGAAAUUCUCCGGAACACGAUUGCGUUCACUUUUUCCGUACGGUGCCUGCAAAAACGGGCCGAACUUUUGCACUAUGGGCGAUGAAAACGUGAAAUCUUCAGUGCUAAAUGAGAACUCACCCAGUCAACAGCAGCGGAAACAAAAAUACAAAGUGCUUAUCAUCGGUGCGGGGAUGGCCGGGCUUGCGUCCGCCAAUCACCUAGUCAAAAAUGGGUGCAAGGAUUUUGUGAUAUUAGAAGCACGCAAUCGGGUCGGUGGAAGAAUCAUCGGGAUUGAGUUAGGAUCUCAAAAGGUCGAGCUCGGCGCAAACUGGAUCCAUGGUGUGCUAGGUAAUCCAAUGUUCGAGCUAGCUAUGCAACAUGGACUCAUAAGCAUUAUAAACAUACCCAAGCCGCACAAAGUGGUCGCCGCGACCGAGGAUGGGAAACAGGUGCCCUUUCAGACUCUGCAAGAGAUAUACGAAGCGUACGUUUGCUUCCUGCGGCGGUGCGAGGAAUAUUUUCUCUGUCAGUACCUUCCGCCACCGGAUAUCCAUAGCGUCGGGGAACACAUUAAUCUGGAAGCAGAGCUGUAUUUAAAUAAUAUUCACGAUCACAAAGAGAAGCAUCUAAGAAAGCUAAUCUUUGAAUGUCUACUUAAACGUGAAACCUGCAUCACCGGUUGCGACAACAUGGAUGAGAUCGAUUUAUUAGAGUUGGGGAGCUACACUGAACUGCAAGGAGGGAACAUUGUGUUACCUUCGGGUUACAGCUCCAUCCUGAAGCCAUUAUGUGAUACGCUACCAAAUGACAGCAUUGUCCUCUCAUGUCCGGUAAAGACAAUCCACUGGAAGCGGAAAGGCCGGGCACCAAUAGGCAAUAACCAUACAGAUACAAUCCUCGAAGAGGAUGAAGAUGAGAUUGACUCGGAUGAUUCCGAUAAGACGGUUACGGAAGUGCCGACCGGUGACAACGCCAGUACUAGUGAUACAUGUGGAAUUAGCUUAAAGCACUGCACGUCAAACGUUCAAAUCGUGUGUGAAAAUGGUACUAUUUAUGAAGCAGAUCACGUUAUCUGCACUAUUCCAUUGGGCGUGUUGAAAGAGCACAGUCAGACGAUGUUCUCGCCUAGUCUACCACAGUACAAGCUAGAAUCAAUUGAUUCUCUACUGUAUGGAACCGUAGAUAAAAUUUUUCUAGAGUACGAUAGGCCCUUUCUGAAUGCUAAAAUUAGCGAAAUUAUGUUCCUCUGGGAGCAAACCGAUCCCGACCCGGACACAGACCAGGAUGAGUACAUUAAGACGAACUGGUACAAAAAGAUAUACUCCUUCUCCAAAGUUUCCGACACGUUGCUGCUGGGUUGGAUCUCUGGCAAAGAAGCAGCCUACAUGGAGAGUAUUUCGCAUGAAAUUGUAGCAGAAAAGUGCACCGAAAUUCUGCGAAGAUUCCUCAAAGACCCAUUCAUUCCUAAACCAAAACGAUGCGUGUGUACCAGCUGGAACAAGCAGCCAUACAGUCGCGGUUCCUACACGGCUAUUGCAGUCGGUGCGUCACAGGAUGACAUCGAAAACAUCGCACAGCCGCUGUAUACUAGUCCUCAUCAGGCCAAGCCAUCGGUGCUAUUUGCCGGCGAGCAUACGCACUCCAACUUCUACUCGACAGUGCACGGCGCAUACCUGAGCGGUCGAACGGCAGCCCAGAUCUUGCUAACGCCGGACUCACCCCAGGAGAUUGUGAUGGAGUCGGACAGCAGUGACCUUAGUUCGUGGAUCCAGGGUAUCGCCUUAGAGUAGUAAGACCAGAACGCUUUUAUUUCCUUGUUUUCUAAUUUAUUACAAUUUUAGCACUUGUGUUGUGUUCAGGUUCCUAUUCUUUGUUCCUCUCUGUUUUCUGUUUCUUUGCAUUUGACAUGUAUUUUUUGUUACAUUCUUAUACAUCACGGGACAUGUUUUUUUUCUAUUCGCACUCCGAAGUACGUCUUAUAAGCUGCAGCGUUAUUUUGCGUUUCCUUUUUUUAAAGGCAUUGAAAAUUGAGCUAGACUGAAUUUAUUAUAACUAAUAUAAGAACCCAUUAGGGGUGUUGACAAGAAUGAUGUUAUGAAUCACAAAACUAAGACACAGAGAACAAACAUUCAAAUAGAACCGUUCAGUUGAGUUGGAGCCACAAAUAGGCUUAAUCGGUGCGUUGCCUGCAUUGUACUGUCAAAAUUUUUCCCUCUGUGGCACAAACGAUGAUUUUGUGAUCAGUAAAAAAGUGUUACUUGUUAAGCCAAACUUCGUUUAGUUUGGUUCAAAAAAGAGACACUAUUUUAGCAUUCCCGAUAUGUAUUUGUAUAUUACCCGAAUUCUUACUGUACAACAUCGUGUUUAAAUAGCGUGGAGAGUUAUGUUCCUUCAAUCGCAAAUUGCUAUUGUUCUUUGCUGAAUGCUAAGUUCAUGCCAUGAAUCGAACCAGGAUAAACCACAUCUUCGAAAGCUUCCUCGUAAACUUAUAAUUAGACACGGUCAAAUGCGUAUUUUUCUAUCCAAGCUUUUAAUUACGUAGAAGAUAGAAACACCUGAUUUGUCAAAAAUGACCCUCUCCUUACUAUAUGGUCGGUGUUAAUUCAGACCGGACUAAGUGACAAAAUAUUGAUUUCGAGAAAAACGAGUUUAAAGUUUGAAUCGUAGCAUCCUUUACAUUAUAAUUGAAAAUUAUUUUUUGUCAUAAUUCUUGAUUAUUGUUACAUAUUCCAAAUCUGGCAAAAGCCGAAUGUAGCUGACAAAAUUUCUUAUCCAGUAACAUCACUAUCUCAUUUUUUUAUGUUUUGCGACUUAGUCCGGUCUGACUUAACACCGACCAUAUAUUUUGCAGUAUUUGUUCAGACUUGUAUGCCUGUUCUCUGUGACAGAAGUUACGGCCUACUGUGUAUCUGCUAUACAGAUACAGCACGCCAUGGAUUGAAUAACAUUGGCAGACUGACCAUCGAAUUUUGAUUUUGUUAAAGCCCGCAAGGCUUAGCUGAGGUAGCGCACAUAACUUAACGAUACUGGAAAAUACAAACGAUAACCACUACGCGUUGCAAUAUUUUUGUUUACCCGUUGUUUUGAUCCCAUCACUACGCCACAAGACUCUACGAAACGAGAAAAUCUACUUUGCACCCUUAUUACUAUACUUAUAUACCAAUGUGCUUCAAAGUUCAAACAUAUACACCCUUUUGAAUUCCAAAACCAGCAAUAUUACAACAUCCCUUAGUUUUAUCUAGUCUACUUAUGUUUGUGUAAUACACAGUGUUGAACUUCUAGUUAUUUAGUUUUAUUGCUUUAACGAUUUACAAAUACAGUUAAUGUGCAUUUAGGUACAAUACAGUACGUUUUGAUUGACAAAACCUAGACCCAAGAUAGAACCUAAGAUUAAUGAAAAUAUGUAUUAGCAUUGGUAGUGACCGAAAUAACUGUUUUGGCAUGUAACUCGCUGAGAACGAUUCUUGUCACGCAUCGUAAUUCUGUUACUCAAUUGGCUUCGGUACAUGAAAUACACAGGCAAACAGACAACACAGACAAAAGAGCUCUGCACGCAUUGGUACAAAUGCAUUGCAUAACCCAUACUUGUCACUUGUCCCAAACGAACAGUCCAUUGUGUCAGUUCUCCUGUGCUUUAGUUUGAACAGAAUUAAUUGUUCAUAAUCGAUAAUUGAAAUUUUAACGGCGAUGUAUUUGCUUUGACAAGAAACAGUUUUCCGAGGGAGGCAUGCCAAAAUUUACAUACAAUCGAGCCACCCUAAUCCCAAUCACAACACAUAUACAAGUGAACCAGUAUCCCAGCAAUUGCAAAUAUUGUUUAGCACUAGUAGAAGUUACUUGGCAAUUCGAUGCCUGCAUUGUAAAGAUUUCUAUAGAACAGCAUUCGUUAAGACGGUUAGGUAUUUGUUGGACCUAUGAAGAGUUCAGGAAUUGGCGAAGAUUAAUCGAAAAAGGAUAAGAAAGUAUUUUGCUAGGAACAAAACUUUGGAAUAUAUUCAAAUCUAAAUCAAA